GGAGGGCGUCCCGCUGCGGUGGUAGCGAGGUUUUGGUGGCCAUGUUAGGUUUGGGCAAGGGCUUCGCGUCCGUCCUCCGCUUCCGCCACCCCGCUUCCGGCCGCGGGCUGCCUAGGGCGCCGCGCAUCGAGGGACGCCGCCGACGGCAGGCGAGUGCUCACAGGGCAGCAGCGUUGAUGGUCGCUGAAGGCACGUGAAGCGGGACAUCGCCAUGGCGGGGAAGAGGCCGUCGGGCCCAGGCCGGCAGCGCUGGCUGCUGGGGCUGCUGGCAGCCGUGGGCGCCAUCCACCUCUUCACAUGCCCCUACUCCAAAGUGGAGGAGAGCUUUAGUCUGCAGGCUGUGCACGACCUGCUCUACCACCGGCUGGACGUGGACAAGUAUGACCACCUCGAGUUCCCCGGCGUGGUCCCCAGGACGUUCCUCGGGCCGCUGGCUGUGGCGGUGCUGUCCAGCCCUGCGGUCUGCGUGCUGUCCCUGCUGCAAGCGCCCAAGUUCUAUUCUCAGCUAGUAGUCAGAGCCGUCCUGGGACUCGGCGUGAUCUCGGGACUCUGGACUUUACAAAAAGAAGUGAGGCGGCAGUUUGGGGCCACGGUGGCCACCAUGUUCUGCUGGGUGACGGCCACACAGUUCCACCUGAUGUUCUACUGCACCCGGACGCUCCCCAACGUGCUGGCCCUGUCCGUGGUCCUGCCCGCCCUCACGGCCUGGCUGCAGCUGAAGUGGGCCCGCUUCAUCCGGCUCUCGGCGUUCGCCAUCCUGGUGUUCCGGGCGGAGCUGAGCCUGCUCCUGGGCCUCGUGCUGCUGCUGCUGCUGCGCUCGCGGAGGGUGACGGUGGCGCGGGCCUUGCGCUGCGCCCUGCCGGCCGGGGCUCUCUGCUUAGGACUGACCGUCGCCGUGGACUCCUGUUUUUGGCGAAGUCUCGUGUGGCCGGAGGGAAAGGUGCUUUGGUACAACACCAUCCUGAACAAAAGUUCCAACUGGGGAACCUCGCCACUGCUGUGGUAUUUCUACUCGGCCCUGCCCCGCGGCCUGGGCUGCAGCCUGCUGUUCGUGCCGCUGGGCGCCACGGACAGGCGGGCCCUGGCGCUGCUGCUGCCCUCGCUGGGCUUUGUGGCCCUGUACUCGCUGCUGCCGCACAAGGAGCUGCGGUUCAUCAUCUACUCCUUCCCUGUGCUCAACAUCGUGGCCGCCAGGGGCUGCGCCUGCCUGCUGAACAACUACAGGAAGUCUUGGCUGUAUAAAGUGGGUUCCGCCCUUGUGGUAGGACACCUGGUGGUGAACGCCAUGUACUCGGCCACGGCCCUGUACGUGUCCCACUUCAACUAUCCUGGCGGCGUCGCGAUGCAGCGGCUGCACGAGCUGGUGGCCCCCGGGACAGACGUCGUCGUGCACAUCGACGUGGCCGCCGCACAGACCGGUGUGUCUCGGUUUCUAGAAGUCAACAGCGCCUGGAGGUAUGAGAAAAAGGAAGAUGUGCAGCCUGGGUCGGGGCGUAUGCUGGCCUACACGCACCUCCUCGUGGAGGCGGCCCCUGCGCAGCUGGCCCUCUACAGGGACACGCACCGGGUCCUGGCCAGCAUUGCGGGCACCACCGGGGUGAGUCUGAACCUGACCCGACUGCCUCCAUUUGACGUCAACCUGCAAACAAAGCUGGUGCUCCUCGAGAGGCUCCGCCGGCAUCCUGGCAAAUGAGACGAUACGAAGAGCCGAACCGGGGACGUGCCCCGGACGUACGCCUCAGGGAACAGGCCGGGGUCCUCCACGGCCAGCCCAGACCGAGCAUGGCCAGCGGGGACUGCGGGCCUCACCCGGGGGCCUCUCGGAGCACCUGAAAAAGCGCCCCUUCGGGGGAGCUCGUGUGAGACUUGGUGUCGAGGCAGCACCGCUGGACGGCGUCCCCCGCCCACGCCCCGAGCCACAGGGAGAAUCCUUCGUGGGCACAGGCACGCCGUGGCGUGGCAGCUCACGUGAAAUUGUGGGAAUUUAAAGAGGAUGGAGAAUAAAAAUUUGAAUGUUUCCUUAUUAGA